AUGCCUGGCUUUACGUGCUGCGUGCCGGGCUGCUACAACAACUCGCACCGGGAUAAGGCGUUGCACUUCUACACGUUCCCCAAGGACGCUGAGCUGCGGCGCCUCUGGCUCAAGAAUGUGUCCCGUGCUGGCGUCAGUGGGUGCUUCUCCACCUUCCAGCCCACCACAGGCCACCGUCUCUGCAGCGUCCACUUCCAGGGCGGCCGCAAAACCUACACCGUGCGGGUCCCCACCAUCUUCCCGCUGCGCGGCGUCAACGAGCGCAAAGUAGCACGGCGACCCGCGGGGGCUGCAGCCGCCCGCCGCAGGCAGCAGCAGCAGCAGCAACAACAACAACAGCAGCAACAACAACAGCAGCAGCAGCCGCCGCCGCCGCCGCAACCGUCGCCGUCAGCCUCUACUGCCCAGACGGGCCAGCUGCAGCCGAACCUAGUGUCUGCCUCUGCGGCUGUGCUCCUCACUCUUCAGGCCGCGGUAGACAGCAGCCAGGCUCCUGGAUCUGGCCAGCCGGCGCCCACCACUCCCACGGGAGAAGACGUGAAGCCCAUCGACCUGACGGUGCAAGUGGAGUUCGCGGCCGCAGAGGGCGCAGCCGCCGCAGCUGCUGCGUCGGAGCUAGAGGCUGCUACAGCGGGGCUGGAGGCCGCUGAGUGCCCCAUGGGCCCCCAGUUGGUGGUAGUAGGGGAAGAGGGCUUCCCUGAUACUGGCUCCGACCACUCUUACUCGUUGUCAUCAGGCACCACGGAGGAGGAGCUCCUGCGCAAGCUGAACGAGCAGCGGGACAUCCUGGCGCUGAUGGAGGUGAAGAUGAAGGAGAUGAAGGGCAGCAUCCGUCACCUGCGUCUCACUGAGGCCAAACUCCGAGAAGAACUCCGCGAGAAGGAUCGGCUGCUGGCGAUGGCUGUCAUCCGCAAGAAGCACGGAAUGUGA